GCAGUGCUGGGAAGAGAAGAGAUAGAGGGGAGGGAAAGUGAGUGAAUGCAGUCCAGUCCAGCUGCUGUUGCUGCUGCCUUCGCUGCUGGAGGAGGAGGAGGAGGAGGAGGAGGAGGAGGAGGAGGAGGAAGCUCAGACUCUGGAGGAGCAAAAUUAUCCUGCACAGAUCCAGCCAGAGCAGACGGCCAGCAGUGAUUAGAGCACCUCCAGGCUUGCAGAUGUGGAAGGAGCGCUGUUCGAGUUCUAGUCCUGGGUGUCUGGCCCAGUGAUUCAACCCCUGACAGGAGCAGGAGGAAGCAGUGGAAUUGAGGGCCAUGGGGGUGAGCCUGAGCCAGGAUGUAGGCUGGCUCCUGCCCUUCCUGCUCUUGCUACUGAUGAUCACGGUGUCACCCACCCAGAGCCAAGGAUGUCCCCAACGUUGUGAGUGCAUUGCAAAGCUCAAGACUGUGUCCUGUUACGGUAAACGCCUGUCUGCCCUGCCAGACGGCAUCCCACUGGACACCAAGAUCCUGGAUCUAAGUGGGAAUAAACUUCGCUGGGUAGAGCACGGUGACCUGCUUCCGUAUCUACGUCUUGAAAAGCUGGACCUGAGUGACAACAUGAUUAGUGUCCUGGAACCGAAUGCUUUUUCUAGUCUUCAGAACCUGCAGUCGCUUUCAUUGAGGGGUAACCAGUUAAAACUGGUCCCCAUGGGGGCUUUCUCACGUCUCUCCAACCUAACUUCACUGGACCUCAGUGGGAAUAAAAUUGUGAUUCUUUUGGACUUUACUUUCCAAGACCUGAAAAGUCUGAAAAACCUUGAGGUUGGAGACAAUGAUCUGGUUUAUAUCUCCAACAAGGCCUUUCUGGGUCUAGUGGGGCUGAGGGAGCUGACCAUUGAGAGGUGCAACCUGACUUCUGUGUCCAGCCAGUCUUUGUCUUACCUGCAUAACCUGGUGACUCUGCGGCUCCGCUACCUCAGUAUCUCCGCCUUAGAGGACCAGAACUUCCGGAAGCUGGGAAACCUGAGGGGGCUCGAGAUCGAUCACUGGCCCUUUUUGGAGUACAUUUCCCCUCACAGCCUGCAGGGUCUUAACUUGUCUUGGCUGUCUAUCACGCACACCAACAUCACCUCUGUGCCGACCUCUGCCCUGCGCAGUCUGGCUCACCUCACCAGCCUCAACCUCUCCUACAACCCCAUCUCUGUGUUGGAGUCCUGGGCGCUGCGGGACCUUGUUAGGCUGAAGGAGCUGCAUCUGGUCAACACUAACCUGGCAGUAGUGCAGCCAUACGCCAUGGGUGGUCUGAGGCAAAUCCACCUUCUUAACCUCUCCACUAACAGCCUGGUGACCCUGGAAGAGGGAGCCUUUCAAUCCGUCAACACUCUGGAGACGCUGCGUUUGGAUGGAAACCCUCUGGCCUGCGACUGCCGCCUGCUGUGGAUCCUUCAGCGCAGGAAGACCCUCAAUUUUGACGGUGCUUCUCCAGUGUGUAUGAUGCCUGUUGAGGUGCAAGGACGGGCUCUUAACGCUUUCUCUGACUCAGCUCUCUUUGACCACUUUACUUGCCAGAAGCCCAAAAUCCGCAACAGGAAACUGCAGCAGAUAUCUGCCCGUGAGGGACAGGUUGUGUCAUUCAUUUGCAGAGCAGAGGGUGAACCAACACCAGUGAUAUUCUGGAUCUCACCCCAGCGCCGUCGUAUCACCACAAAGAGCAGCGGACGCCUAACUGUAUUACCAGAAGGCACACUAGAAAUACGGUACGCCCAGGUAAUGGAUAGUGGAACUUACAUAUGCAUAGCCAGCAACGCUGGUGGAAAUGACACCUAUUUUGCCACACUCACAGUUAGUGGGCUGCCACUAGAUGCAGCCCUUAUGGCCAACCGCACUUACUAUGCUGGGGACCUUAAUGACACAAAUCUAAAUGAUACCAGAGUCUUCUUGAAGUUCACUCUGGACCUCAAGACCAUCCUCAUAUCCACAGCUAUGGGCUGUAUCAUGUUCCUGGGUGUAGUCCUGUUCUGUUUCAUCCUGCUGUUUGUGUGGAGUCGAGGGAGAGGGCAGCACAAGAACAAUUUCUCAGUGGAAUAUUCCUUCAGAAAAGUGGAUGGACCUGCUGCCAGUGGAGGACAGGGUGGGGCACGCAAGUUCAACAUGAAAAUGAUUUGAUUAUUUUUGGUCUAUUUUUUCUUAUUAGUAUUCUAUCCCUCAUACUGUUUACAAGCAGUCUCCAGCUAGGACAUAAAGGGACAUAAAAACACUGGAAUGGGAGUCUGUGCUCGCAAAACAUUAGAAUCAGUUAUUUAUAGGACAUUUUAAGGUUUUGUUAUUGAAACACGACAAAAAAAAGGCAAUCUGUAUGGAUUUGAUGUACUGUAUUUCUGCUGCUCUUUAUUGUGUGUUCACAUUAUUGUGCAGAAGAGAUCUGGAUUAUAUUUAAAGAUGUCUCAAAAUCCUGAACAGACUGUUAAAAGACCAAGCAACAAUAGCACUCAGAGUCCCACCAGUCUUUAACCUCUACAGAGCUCUUGCCAACUCCAUCUUUCUUCCCCACGAGGAUCUCUGUCCUCCUCAUCUUUAAAGGACUUCGCCUCUCCCCCAUCUGAGGUGAUUCAAGCUCUCUAUUUCCAAACUCAUGAAUACAUAAUAACAGGGUGGUGCUCAAUGAAUGCCAAGGACUUGCCAAUAUGUAUUUGAAUAGUUCUAGCUAUAUACUGCAUAUUUAGACUCAUCUACAGUCAGGAUUUCAGAGCACUGUUAUGACAUAAAGGCUCUGCUUUUUUGCUGAUGGUGGGUUUGUACAGAAUAAAUUAAUACCAAGAGUAUUAAUUUACUCUUAUAUCUUAUGAAAUAAAUACCAAGAGUCUACACUCUGCAACACUGCCAAUUUAACCGUAGAGCACCAUGUUAUCAUUGUCAAUGCAAAGCCAUGGCAGAGAGAAGUCGCUUCUCACUGGAUAUAAGUUGGUCAAAGAUGUUGAGCUACAAUUAAAGGACCCAUGCACAGUUAUGUGGUGACAAAUCCGUACAUGCAGAUGCACACUUAAUAGUUAGGUUUUCCAUUGUUGUUUAUGAUUUAGUAGACACACUGUACAAGACUCUUGCCCUCUUUAUCUGAAAAGCCUGUGUAAAGAUGAAUGCAUGCACAGAGUUGGCUUCUUACUUUGAAUAAUGUGUACUAUUUGUAAAUUAAACAUUUGUUGGGGUGAAUUUAUCCCACAGUUGAAUAGAUCAUACUGUAUAGAUAGGAUACUGUAUAAGAUGUAUUAUAUAUUUUGUAAUUAUUGACAUCCUUGUGGUUGUUUAUAGUAAUGUUGAGUGAUCAGAUAUUACUGUUCUGCUGUAAUUCUACUGUUAAAGUCUCCUUUUCAACAUAGUGAUAUCCAGCUUUUACAAUCUCACAAAUCAUAUAAUCAGUUAGAGACAUGUCUGAGCUCACACAACAAAUCAUGAAGGGCGUUAAUGUCAGGUUUUAGUUCACGUGCCUAUUUCUGGCUGCAUAAUCGACAAUGGGGAGGCUUGCCUGACCAGCGGGACAAGGAGUUAAGUGGAUUCUCAUCGGGACCUCGUUCUGUUUGAGAGACAUAGGGAAAAAUGCUAAUACGAUGCAGACCUUGCAGACUGGAACAAAGGUCAUAAUGAAACUGAGCCAGAGAGGAGAGGGAAUUUAGGUAUUCUAGGAAGACACUGACAUUGUAACAGCAAAGGGCUGGAUGCUUGCUAUUAACAAUAUAUGCCACUUAAGAAAGGUGUGCAACAUAUUGUAAAAGUUUAAGGAGAAGUGGUUCUGAAGGUGGUUUCAAUGUGCAGAAUUAAGAUGUAAUUGUUUAACUUGGGAUCAAAAAGUCAUCAAGUGUUUACAAAGGGUGUUUCUAUAUUCCCUCACAUAAAAACCAUAGCUGUUUAUUCAUAAAUUGAUGAAUGAAUACAGUUUAUAUUUGAGAAUGUAAUACAGUGUUUUUUGUUCUUUCACAUGAAUUUGCACUCAUGUCAACAUGUGGUAGUUUCUAUACCACACUAUCUAUCUAAAAGCCAGAAACUGGAGGCAUUGAAUCCAGUUUCCAUCUUCUCUUCAGAGAGCGAGAAAACAGGUGAACUGCAUGUACCAUUUGAACCUUAAGUAUUGCCCAUCUCUUGAUCUGUGGGUCUAGCUCUGAGAACCAAUACCAACAGUUCAGAGAUCAGCUCUUCCUGUUUAGCUUCCACUGUUCCACUUUUACCAGUGUUACUCUGCCGCCCUCUGUUGGCUAUUGAAUUCUACAUUGUGACCUCAAGCUCUGGACUUCACAGUAAACAGUUUAUUCCAUUUUGCAAAAAGGCAAUUAUGAAAUUGAUGCAGGGCUGAUCUGGAUCCAGUAGUAUUGGAAGUGAAAAUGAAUUUAUGUAAAUUAAUAAUAUGACAUUCCUCACAGAGCAAACCCUCCCCCUGUACUACUUCUUCUGCAGCACAUAACAAACAGUAGAAACUGUGUCAUCCCAUGUUACAUCAUUUAGUGUUCACCCACAUAUACUGCACAACAAAUUAAACAAACAAAAUUAUUAAUGAACUGUGAAUAUGUUCAUGGACUGAUCUGACACCAGUUAAGGUUCCUCUCUGUGAUUUAAACAUGUAAACAAUUCAAUUGUAUUUCUCAUCGUCCUUUGCUGAACUCAUUGUGUAAUUAUGGAAUCUGUUGUGUCUGGAAAUUGUGCUACACUGUUUUGUAUUGUAUUGUUUUAUAAAAAUGAAGCACACUGUUUAUAAAGCAUGCUAUAGUACCUGCUAUGAUGAUGUCUUGUCCCCUGUCCCAUUUUUAUAUCAGUGAUCUGGUCUCUCGACCCUUAUGGUGGCAGUCUGAGAUGUUCUAAAUUACACCUGUGACCCUGUCACUGUGAGAUUUUGUGUUGCGGAUUUUAUUUUGGUAAGUUCUUCCAGGAGUUUGUCAUAUUUUGAUUAAAAAAAACAUCAAUUAAAUCAGAUGGAUGGAUGUGCUAUCUGCACCACACACAAGGAUAUACUGUUAGAUGAAACCAUUCUUGCCCCGAUUCACUUUAAUGAUAUAGGUACUGCAUAUACUGUAGGAGGAGGGUUGUUGUUGUUCAUUUUCUAUGCAUUCAUCAAAACACAAGGUAAAGUAAAUAAACUUUUGUGAGCAGAUAAAAUUA